AUGCCCCGUAGCUUAGCAGAGAGCCUGAGAGAAUGUCUACCAUGGAGGUGGACCCUAGAGCAACUCGUGGAACGCUUCUCAUGCGUAGCCAUUGCUCUAUACGGGUAUGAUCAGGGCAUGAUGUCCCUAGUCAAUACAAACACAUCCUAUCUCCGCAUCAUGAAUAUAUCAAGAGACUCCCCCCUCGUCGGGGUUAUUGUCGCUGUUUACUACCUUAGAUGCGUAGGAGGUGCCAUAAUAGCGUCGUUUUUUGCCGACAGAUACGGCCGAAAACUGUCAAUUCGCCUUUCAGUCGGCAUAACUAUAGUUGGGGGUAUCAUAAUGGUCACUCCUGGGAUAUUUUCGUCAUAUAUCGAGGAAACAUGGCACGGUUAUGCCUUCUGGGUCAUGCUAGUCGGGCGGAUCGUGCUCGGAAUUGGAAUUGGCGGUAUCGACACAGUAAUUCCCGUGUACAGCUCCGAACUUUCUGAGGGCAAUGCCCGUGGUACCGCUUUGGCAAAAGAGUUUCGAGCAAACAUUGGAGGGCUAUUAGUGGCGUUUGCAUUGAACCUCUGCUUCUCCCCACUUAUGUUGAUCAUGGGCAGACUACCGGAGUCCCCACGCUGGUUAGUAAGUAGAGGGAAGAUGGAUGAUGCUCGGGUGGUACUUUCAAACCUUUAUGGGGAUGACCAGGCAAACCACAAGCUUGAAGAACUCCAAGAAGCCCAACAAGAAGAAGUUGAAGAGGCAGCGGGGUGUCUCCUUGACAUGCUCUGCUGUGGACCUGGCCGGUUUCACCCCAACAUGAUUACGGUAAUGGUCCAAUUCAACCAGGCUAUGACAGGCGCCGGGGCAGUCUCAGUCUAUGGUUCGCAAAUAUUUCAACUUCUAGGACUAUCAUCAUGGGUAGCAGAGUAUGCAACCCUCGGCAACUACAUCUUUUACUUUAUUACCAUGGUUGUCACCACCAGUUCAGUCGACAAAUACGGGCGCAGGAAAUUAAUGUUGGGGGGUAGUUGUGGGUUGACAAUUUGCUUCACCCUUCUAGGUCUUGUCGCGAUGGGCGCCCUCACAGAUAACUAUUCGUUUAUAUUGUCCAUGGGAACCAUGAGUCUCGUGGCUUCAACGGCCAUAUUUGGAGCGUGCUGGUUGACGACUGUUUGGUUGAUUCCAACUGAGAUAUAUUCGGACAAGGCGCGAGCGCAGGGUGGUGCCAUCAGCGUCGUCGUAUGGGGUUUUGCCAACUUUAUUAUCACGAUCCUCACACCGAUUGGCUUCAACAAUUUGAAAUUCUGGUUGUUCUUCGUGUUUGCCGCUACCAACCUUUUGGCAGGACUGCUCGUUUGGGCAUUUUUGCCCGAGACCGGUGGCAGAAGCUUUCAAGAAAACCAGCAGUUCUUCGUAUUGGCCAGAGAAAGAAAGUCAUGGUUCGUACACAAGGUCGACAAUGGUAGCUUUUUAAGCUUGCCUCCUCCGUAA